AGUGCGCCCUUUACGCGCGGCAGGAACAACUUGUUGCAAUCCGCCGAUAGAUUUCACAAGAAGCUGCUAAGAAAACGGAAGUACAGUGAGAUUACAGGCACAUUAAAAAGCAUGGCUGAAUUAAAAGGAAAUUCGAAUCCUGCCCUCUGUUCUCGAAAAUGUUAGUUUCAUUCUGUGAAAUGAGAUGCUCAUAUGGAAACUUACCACGAGUUAAGGGUGUAUGCGAGUCUGUGUGUUUGACAGGGUCAGACUCAUCUUUUGCCCAUAUAGAGCAACGUGCUGAUAGCUUGUAGCACAAUACACGUUCUACUGUUGCUGCUCUUGAGGGAAAGAUUAAGAUCAACCCGAGUGAUAAACAGCAGCAGACUGAGGAGACUGCAGGUUCAUUAUCAUCAUUAUGGCCACACAGCCCAUGAUCCAGGCAAUCAUUGACUUCUCAGCCGGAGCAAUAGGUGGUACAGCCUGUGUGCUGAGCGGUCAGCCGUUUGAUACCACAAAGGUGAAGAUGCAAGCGUUCCCCACAAUGUACCGUGGCUUCACCCACUGCUUCGUGUCUACCUUCAGGCAGGCAGGACUACGUGGUUUCUACAAAGGCACGACCCCGGCCCUUUUGGCCAACAUCACUGAGAACGCCGUGCUCUUCUUGAGUUAUGGUCUCUGCCAGGAUGCGGUCCGCUUUGUGUCCAGUAUGGAUAAAGGGGCCAAUCUCAGUGACAUUCAGAAGGCAUCUGCAGGGUCUUUAGCCUCCAUCUUCUCCGCCACGGCGAUAUGCCCCACCGAGCUGGUGAAAUGUCGCCUUCAGGCCAUGCAUGAAAUGGAAGCAGCUGGCAAGAUUGCAAGUGGACAGAGAAGCACAAUGUGGACAGUAGUGAAGACAGUGUUGAAGAAAAAUGGUCCCCUGGGUUUCUACCAAGGAUGGUCAUCCACCAUUGUGAGGGAGAUACCAGGUUACUUCUGCUUUUUUGGAGCCUAUGAAAUGUGUCGGUCUAAAUUUGCACAGUACAAGGGUACGGACAAGGACAGCAUAGGUAUUCUUCCACUCAUGUUCAGCGGUGGAUUUGGGGGAGCUUGUCUUUGGUUGAUGGUCUACCCCAUAGACUGUGUGAAGUCCAGGAUCCAGGUCUACUCAUUAGCUGGGAAUCAAAAGGGCUUCAUGAAGACCUUCAUGGGUAUCAUACGCACUGAGGGGUUCACUGCUUUGUACUCUGGCCUGACUCCUACCAUGAUUCGCACCUUCCCUGCCAAUGGAGCCCUCUUCCUGGCUUAUGAGCUCAGUCGCAAGUUUAUGAUGGACACAGUUGGUGCCUGACGUGGCGGAGCUUUACACUCGAAGGACGUAUUCUGCAAAAACACUGCCUGGUCUUGUUAAAUUUUUAAAAUGAGUUUCUUUGUGUCCUGGUGUUUGAUUGAACUUGAAAGAAAAGUAAAUUAUCCAGAUAUUGAUGCUUUGAGUAUGGCUGUAUUUCAAUAUCAAAUUUAAGGUGCUGACCACAGUAAUUUAAAAUAUAGUUCUUAACAUCCAUGAGUCUUGUGUAAUACUUAGAGACCCAUUAUAUAACUUUUCUACCUUAAAAUAACAGCUUCAAAAUCAUUUUAAUGCUUCACUAUGACCUGUAAUAUGGUGAAUGGUGCCUCUGUCAUUCCCACUCUGCACUUCCUGUUCUAAUAACUUUGUAACUUUCAUAUUUUGUGGACAAGAUGUUUUCUGGUUUUCUCUCUGAUGUCCUCUGGCUGCUCUGCCUCAACUCUCUGGGAUUUACAGAGUUUCCUGAUGGGCAGUAAAGUAACUGCUGUGAAAUGUAGCUGCUAUUUAGAUUAUAUCCAAAAGUUCAAAUUUCAACUUCAAUGGGACCAGGGUUGGGAAAGUUACUUUAAAAAUGUUAGCCUAUACAAUUACAUUUCAAAAUGUAAUCAGUAACAUAAUUCAAGUUUCAUUAUGUUGUUAAGUAAGUUAAGUAACUUGAUUACCCCCAUUACUCUUGGUUUUAGAAUUUGUAGCUUCUUUGCAGCAACAUUCAUGAGGCUGCUAAACAGACAGCAGCAUUCUCAGACCUCAAUCACCUGCCCACACUAAUGUACCAUGGGGUGAUGUUAGUAAAAACCACACCUGAUGUUGACAAUGACGGUGGCGAUUCUACCAUUUCAUUGCGUGUUCUGGCUGAGGUACAGUCGACUGCAGAGGAGCAACAACUUUGGUUUGACAGGGGAGUUGUUAAAGACUGCUCCACUAGACGCUUUUUGUUCUGCCACAGGGUUGUUGGUGGCACCUGCAUCUUUGAUACCACAGUUGUUUGUUGAUGCACACAGUGUAUCCCACGUUGCGGGGGGGGGGACAUGGUACAUGGUUGCUACAGUUUAAAAACUGAUAUAAUCAUGUGAACUAUGCGCAGAACAUAUCAGAAAACCAGGUGGCCCUUUCAAGCAAAGCAAAACCUGUACAAAAAACAAACUAAAGUUGACAGAUUCAACAACAAUUUAUGUAUGUCAAUCACAAAGGAUCAAGAAACAUAGGCUGGGUCGUUCCCAAUCACAGGACCUAAUGAAAAGAGUUAAAGGAAAAUCUGCAGGGAAACUAAGAUGGACUGGGUGACUGCAUUGCAGCUUGCGCCAAUGAGAAAAAGAAUGCAUACUAACAUAAUAACCCAUCUAAGCAUUUGAGAAGACCCCAUAAGGGUCUGCCACUUGAUUUGCUAAUGAAAGAAAUGGGUAGCUGAGUCCAUUGACUAACAAACAUGCAUGAGCUUUUGUUCAAACAGGUCAAAGGAGCCACUGGGAACCUUCCUGACGACACCGCUGAUUAGGUAGAAGGGCGGUAAUAAAAUAUGUGACAUUGCAAAUACCACAAAACAGUGAUAAGUUGCACUGCUACAAGUAAAAUAAGUUAGGACCACAGUACUCACUUUAUUAUUACCAGAGAAGAAGGGAAAUCUAUCAUCUAAUCAAGAAAUGUAACACAGGGUUUUUCAAUGUUUAGACACAAUGGCAUUUACUGUAUAUCAUUCAUUUUAAAGUUUGUAUUGAUGUAAAAUGAGAAGGUAUCGUUGAAACAAGCAUAAAAGUUGAAGUUAUGUUUGAAAUUGAGUCCUGAAUAAGGGAACAUUGAACUUUAAUAUGCAAAAUCUAUGGUACAUUCAGACACCCUGAUUGACAAAUGAGGGUCAGAUCGAAACCCCCUUGCAUCAAAGUGCUAGUAACCUCUUCCUGGGGGUGCCUCUCUAAUGUAUGUAAAAAUACUCAUAUGAAAUAUACAAUGCUUUAAUUACAUCUUGUUAUCAUUGUUGUAUGUUAUUUGCUUGCUUGAUAUCUAAGUUGUAUGGGAAAAAGGAUAUCCUGCUAUAUAGAUAAUCACCUUAAGUGGCUCGGGAAGUAGCAUGAGGGAGAAGACAUUUAAAUGCAGUUAUGUAACCAAUUCAUGUAAUCUUUAUGUACUAUGAUAUCAUACUAUAUGUGGAUUGUUCAGCAGGAACAAUUGGGCAUCAGAUGUGUUAUGACUACUGUUUAUCAGAAAUUAAAUGUCACCAAUAGACAUCCUUGGGAAAAAGGCUGCAUUCUUUGGGAAAGAGACAUAUAAUAGAGUGAUUUUCUUUGUUCAAGUCAGUUGUAUCCUAGGGCAACUAGGUUUGCUUGUAUCCUGUAUGAUGCAAAUAUAUCUGUCAAUUCUC